CUAGACUGUAAUUCUGUAAUAUAUCAUUGGACCUCGUAAAACCGACAGUAAAACUUCUUGGCAUAUAAAUCACUUCUCAAAUUAUGAGUUCAUUGUAUUAUGCGAACGCGUUGUUUUCCAAAUACCAAGUGGCGAGUUCAGCCUUCUCUACAGGCGUGUUUCCCGAGCAAACUUCUUGCGCCUUUUCUUGCAGCUCGCAGCGGGCCAGCGGCUACGGCUCGGCUUCCACCGGUGCACCGGUCUCCUCUACAUCUUCUGUCUCCCUGUCGAGCAUGUACACUAACGGUGCUAGCCUUUCCAGCCAGACUCAAGGCAUGUACCCCUCUGCGUAUGAGCUGGGAGCUGUUUCGUUGAACAUGCACAGCUCUCUGUUUGACCAUCCGAGUCUUCCCAUGGUGAGCGCUGGCGAUCUCUGUAAAGCGCAAAGCAGUGGUAAAGAGGAGCAGAGGGGCUACCAUCAAAACAACGAAAACAACCUCCGAAUCUAUCCGUGGAUGAGGAGCACAGGUGCGGACCGGAAAAGAGGCCGUCAGACAUAUUCCCGCUUUCAAACAUUAGAGUUGGAGAAAGAGUUUCACUUCAAUCGUUACCUUUCACGACGGCGGCGUAUUGAGAUUGCACACGCCCUGUGCUUGACCGAACGCCAGAUAAAAAUCUGGUUUCAAAAUAGAAGGAUGAAAUGGAAGAAAGAGAACAAAUCAAUGGGCCACUGCUCUCCUGCUGCUGACCAAAUCGGGGGCGACGAGGAAGAGGAAGAUGAUGAGUAGCCACGCUAGUGCAAAAUAUAAAAAUAGACUAUACUAUAGACUAUACUAUCGAUUCAACCCGCUUUAUUUCGGGAUACACUGAGUUGGAAAAAAAAAAAGACGUGCUACUUACAAUACUGUAGGUAAAAUGUCACUGUCGUCUACCUAUGUAACUUGUGUUAGAGGUGUUAAUGUGUUAGACUAUACUAUAGUAAUACAAGUAAUUUUAAAACGCAUUUUAAUAUAGUUAUAUACGUUUAAUAGGUCUACUCCUACUGUAUAUGUAGCCUAAAUUAUACAUAUAGCCUAUGAUUAAUAUUAGUGUUAAUAAUACUGGAUCAUAUAUUUCAUAUAUCUGUGACUGUAACGUUCGGCCUAGUCACUGUGGGCUCAAACACAGAAGGGAGCAAGCUAUUUUUAAUGAUUUCAUAUUUUGAUAUGUCCCUGUUCUGUAUCUAUGUGUACAUUUCUGUCUGCUUAAGCAUUUUUCUCUGUUAUAUUUUGCGCAAGUGUUAAAAUAAACGAACUGUACAGUUGACCACAA